UACCCAGCAGAAAUCUCAUGUGACUUUAGUCAGCUGUCUUCUUGUGUGGCUCUGUCGAGCGGAUUGGAUUUUCGGAUUAUUGCACUCUGUGCCAUUGAAUUGGACUCAAAAUGGGUUUCUCGUUCAUCCCCUUCAUCUUCUUCACGGCGCUGUGGGCGGUCGUGGGCAUUGUUCUGCCCUUUGUCGUCCCAAAAGGGCCAAACCGAGGGAUCUUCCAGCUGGUUCUUAUGUUAACAGCAGCAACAUGCUGGAUAUUCUGGCUUUGUUGCUACAUGGCACAAAUGAACCCCCUCAUUGGACCAAAACUAUCAAACAGGACUCUUAUGCUCAUGGCCAAGAACUGGGGUGGCAAAAUUCCCAACUAAAAGCCUUCUAAGUUUUCAAUUAUUUUAGGUUUCUUAUGUCAAAUUCUGUUGAAGAUUAAAUUGUUAUCACAUUCCAUCAUAGAUCCCCAGUGGGACACAAAUGUCACCGGUACUUAAAGUAUGAAUGUGUAUUGAAAAUUAAGAAUUUAUGCUUUCCCGUCUUUCUCAGUUUUGAAAAGCUUCAGGUAGCAUAUAUCAGCACAAGUUGGAUGUGGCAUUGGUCUGUAAAGUUACCUGUCACCUUCAUUCAUGUCAUGGUUAUUUUUCGUGUAAAUAAUAUUUCAUAUGUAUGUUUGUAUUUGUUUGUAAAUUGUAUUCUAUUAAUUCUAUAUAGUAGGUCUAGGCAGAUGGAUUUGCUUCCAUUUUAAGCCUUCUGGAAAUAUUUUAUUUAAAAUGUUGUAUUUUAAUGAGUAUUAAUUUUAGUUUCCAGAAAGCUAAACAAUGACAAUUUCCUGGCAUUUUAAAAAAAAUCUUUUGUUUACCCUCUGAUAUUGCUUGUACAAUGAUCAUUUCAAUUUGGUCCUUGUGAGAUAAUGUGGUGCUCGCAAAUUUACCUUAAACAUAUCUGUUGGUAUGCCUAGGCUACAAAGCAAUGGUAAUAAAUUUCUUUGAAAAGUAUUA